CGGAGAAUAAGUUUGCUGGAAGCAGUUUAUACAACACAAACGAAAAUUAAAAUGUCUUUCAAGGAUGUCAGAGAUCUCUCGGAGCACCUGAAGCUGCUCGGCUACCCGAACAACAUUCCUAUUUCGGUGCUGAACACACCCUACGGAGGACCGGAAAGCUUCAAAGCCUACUCCGACAUACUGACGUGGCUGAUCAGUCGACUGGAACCAAGUUUGGGCCUCGCGGGUGGUACCCGCACCGAACAGGAUCGGGUUCUGUUCGUCCGCUCCGCUACAGAGUUUCUCGUCACCAAAUCCAGCAUCAAGGUAAACCCCCGCAAGUUGUACGCAAGUUCGGCCGCGGCCGCCAAGGAACUGCUCAAGGUAACCACGCUGCUGAUCGCGUCGCCCAAGGUGAGCGAGCGCGAUGAGGAAUCGAUCCGAUCGCACGUGGAGAUCGAUCUGUCCGACAAGACGGACGACCUGAAGAAGGUACGCGGACUGUCGUCCGAGCUGACGAACCGUGGGGCGGCGUUGUACGAUUUGUUGAAAAAAGAGCUUGUCAACAGGGAGACCCGCACCCGCCAGUCGACUCGUCCGCUGGAGCUGGCCACGGUCGAGAAGGUUAUCAAAUCGGCGAUUGCUUCGCUGGAAUCGAAGCUUGUCACCUCGAAAGGUACCCUGGAAAGCUUGAAGGUUGAGAAUGGAAAUCUGGCUUCGAAAAUACAGCGCAGAUCUUCCGAGUUGGAACGAUCGAAACAACGGCUGCAGGCGCUGCAAAAAGUUCGACCGGCUUAUUUGGAAGAGUUUGAAAAGUUGGAAGGUGAGCUGAGGACCCUCUACGAGCAGUACAUCAUUCGGAUUCGCUGUGUUGACGCACUGAAGUCACAGCUGAUCAGCAAGAAUCGCACCCCGACGCCCACUUCUCCGAUUGCGAAAAUGGCCGACAGCAGCAUGACGAUUCUGCCCGAAGGGCUGAUGGAUUCGGACGAUGAAAACGAGGACGAAAUCGAUGAUUUUGACGAUCGGGAGGACGUGAAGCUCAAGUCGGACAAACGUGUGCUACGCAGUGAAUUGCUAAACAGGGACCGUGGCUCCACUCGAUUCAGGACCAGAAACCCGGAGGGUGCGGGCCCAUCUGUGAGUGGCCGGAAUCGAGCUCGAAUGAUCGGAGGGAUGAACGAUGAUUUGGGUCCACUCGAUAGUUCACUUGGUAGCUCGGCCGAAUCGGGAAGUGACCUCGAAAUGGAUGGGAAUGGACUUAUCGAUGGGCUUCGCUCCGACGAUGACGACGACGAAGACGACGAGAGCUUGACGAAGUUGGCUCGAGAGAACUCCAACCUCAAUCGAAGCACAAAGCAGGACCAAAGCGACGAAGAUUUCUAAGUGCGACGUUCCAUUUGUUUUUCAUAAUUUAUUACUUUGUUUAAAACAAGAUAAAAUGUACAGAGAUUUACAAGAAUUAUCUGUAUUAAUGUCCUUAGAAACGCGUUAAAAUUAAUUUGAGCAGACGUUGCGAUCCCUUCUUACCUUCUAUCGUCAUUUCGUAGUCAACUACAUGUGCACAUCGUUGUAACGCUCAAAGUU